AUGAAAGUGAGGGUUAGGCUUGUGAAAGGAAAAGGUUUUCGAAGGUUUAGUACUUCGAAUGAGUCAGUGCAGAUGAGGGAAGUAGAAGCACGCAAAGGGUUUGACCAGUUUCGCAAGUUUGCAAGAUGUGUUGUCCCAAGCUACAACUGGGACGGGAUUGCCAUGGAGUAA